AUGCUCAAUAUGUCUGCCAUCGGUAAUCGAAACAGUACGCCUGUCGAGUCGAACAACGCUUCCUCUCUUCGUCCUCCUUCCUCUCGUGCUGUGGGCUCUGGACACCACCUUCGAGCAUCCGCAGAUAUGGCAGCAUUCUCAGGCUCUCCUUCCCAGAAUCGAAUACGCCCUUCGUCCGAUUUUUAUGGAACUCAACAAGGUCAAGCACAAGGUGGGCAAGAGAACGAUGCGUCCGAAAAAAUUGCACAGCAGUGGAUAGCUGAUAUCGACCAAUACGAGACAACUUUGGAAGAGAUGGCGGCUGCUACUCUGGACCAAGACUUCAAAGAUGAACUGAGUGCCAUCGAGCAAUGGUUUAGAGUACUAAGUGAGGCCGAGCGUACGGCUGCUUUGUAUGCUCUUCUACAACAGACGACGCAAGUGCAAAUCAGAUUUUUCAUCCAGGUUCUACAACAAAUGGGCAAGAGUCAUCCUAUGUCUGGUGUACUAUCUCCUGCCAAUUUUGACAAAGACCCAAUGUCCAAUCGUCUUAGUGAUGCCAUGAACAAACUGAGUGUCGAUGGCUCGAGAAAUUCCCUGACACGGCCUCCCACGACACCAGGGACAAAGAGACAUUCUGGACUCGACCCGUCUACAAUCAAUGCUAUGUUUCCGGAUGCCGCUGCAGCAAUAGCCACAGAGAAAGCAAAGUUCACCCAACAGACCGGGAACCCCCCAUCGUCCAACCGAAAUAGUGCAGCUUAUGACAAUCGAAACUCCCUCGCAGCGCCCAUUAUCUCUGGCCCUGCCGAUACCGCAGAUAAUAAUGGUCAACCGCCGCCUUCACCAUGGGGUACUCGUAGCAAUGACCAAAAUGCGAGACCAAAAUCUUCAUCAGGACAGGCACCUAUGGGCCAAUUCAUGCAGCCGCCUCCAUCCGCUGGUCUUCGAUCCCCUGUAAAUCAGAUUCCUGGCUCCUCCAACGUGCAAAGUACUACAAUUAUUGCUCCGGAUAACCAAGGGUCUGGUCUACCACCCCUAUCACCUUACAAUGCAGGCAGCGGAAAUUGGGCCUCGAUGGUGAACACACCAAUGGUCCCAUCUUUCAACACCGGAAAUAGUACGACGCAGGCUGACAUGGUUGCAAAUGCCACCACUAUGAAGCUUGCGGCUCUUGCAACGGUGAACAAUCGUUUUGCUUUGGAUGAUGUCCGUAAGUAUCGCCGAGCUAGAUCAAAUGAUGGUCAAGGAUCGACUGGGCAGCUUUCUCCUGGGCUCCAAAACAACAUGCCCGGAGCAAGCGUUGUCAUGAUCAACGAGCAUGGCCAGGUACUGAGUAGAGAACAAGUGCUCGCACUUCAAGCUCAACAACAACAAAACUCAGCAUUUGCUGGCCGGAGAUCCCGACCAAGCUCUCCCGGUCUUCCCAUGCAGGGCGGCGGGUUUAGUCAGUUAGGUUUUGCGUCCCCCCAGAACAAUGGGUUCCUCGCAGCUGAAUAUGGGUCAUCCCCACUCAUGAACAACAACGGAAUGGGCACGCUCAAUCUGGGCCAAUUUGGUCUCAGCGGGCACGAGGGUUACAUCUCUGACCACAGCGAUAUGGUUAGAGGUCGAUCACCACGUGGUAGGAGAGGCAGCUCGAAGCCUCCAGAGGAUCCGACUGACCCUAGCCUCCUCCAAGACAUCCCCAGCUGGCUGAGAAGUCUGAGGCUUCAUAAAUAUACAGACAAUCUCAAGGAUAUGAACUGGACGGAGCUCGUUGAGCUAGACGAAAAAGCAUUGGAGGAUAGAGGUGUCAAUGCUCUAGGUGCGAGGAGAAAGAUGUUGAAAGUAUUUGACCAAGUUAAAGAAGCCAAGGCGGAAGGCAAACUCGCGUAA